AGUGGGCGUAUUUAAGCCUCUGGCGCGGGAGUAUCGGAGAAGAGUCGAGCGAACGGGAAACCGAGGUUAAGAAAAAGCAGGCAGGGUUUCGAGAAAAAAAAUGAACGUCAGUGGAAAAGUAAAGCAGGGCCACCAGAAGUCCAAUGAGAACAUAAAGAGCCUUCUCACACCUUCUCAAAAGACUAUGGGACCUGCCAGGCAAACCCUGCAAGUUCGUCAGGUUAACUCAGACCUGGGGAGGUCAGCUAAGGCCGGAAAGGUUGGUCCAAAGCGGAAGAAUUGGACGGCUGAGCAAAUCAGAGGAUCAAAGAGGGUCAAGAUGGAAGUCAAAUCCACUCAAACAGAAGCAGCUGAUGGGUUAAUAGAUGGCAUGUCCAAAGAAGCAUAUGAGCUCAUGGUCAAAGAAACUCCACCUUCCACCUACUGGAAAGAGGUAGCAGAGGAGCGACGGAAAGCACUGUACAAUGUUCUACAGGAGAAUGAGAAGCUCCACAAAAGCAUAGAGGCCAGAGAUGAGCAGCUAACGAAGCUUCAGAGUGAAAAUGAAGAGCUGCAGGAGCUCGCUCAACAUGUCCAGUACAUGGCUGACAUGAUUGAGAGACUGACUGGGAAAUCUCCUGACAAUCUGGAUGAGCUCAGAGGGAUUGCCUUUGAUGAAGAUGAGGCUGAACAUGAAGGCGACGACUUGGCAGAUCAGAGUGAAAACGAUCCACACUACAGUUACGGCUCUGCAGAAGAGCUAUCGGAUGAUGAAGAACCAGGACCCUCAGGACUCCAGAACUAAUACUGCAUGACUUUGACAUUUUGACCUGAGUAAGCUUUGACUGCAACGAGUACUUCGUUUGAAGGAGAUGAGCUUUAAAGAUGUGCAUGUACUCUAAAUUCAGCCUGCAAUUUUUUUUUAAAAUAUAUUUUUCAUCAUUGCUUUCUCAAGUUUUUAAGGGUCUUAAGAAACUAAGCCAGUGAAGGUUUCCUUUAACAGACGACCCCUUGAUGUGUCAUAGUAAGACAAGUACAGAUGUGAACUAAGCUGCUGGCACCUGAAAGACUUCCAUGUCAGGGUGUCCACAACCAUUAGUCUAAAAGAAGUUUACCUUGGCCAGGUGAAACUAAAAUGCUUGUCCAACGUGCUUCUUUUGGCACUUGAUUUGUCUUGUGGCUCCUGUUGAGCAACAGUGUUUACAAAUUUUACUUGAACACCUGUUUUUCCCUGUUGUGAUAAGUUAAAUGUGCACUGUUGGUCAGUUAUUUACUGCCAGAUGUGGCAAAGAGCAUGGCCCUGAAAUGUUGCCUCACUGUAAAAUUUUGAAGUUGGUGUAAAUAAACUUUAUAUUUUAAAUCUUGA